AUGAGUUUCGGAACUAUCCAUGUUGCCGGAAACUUUGACGAUGAAGUUGCUUCUGAAUCUCUGGAAAGAGCAAUGAGGAACAAGGAGAAGCAACGAGUCGUUGACAUCUUAGUUCACAUAUGCAACUCUCAGAGACAAAUGAUACGAACACCAUACAAGGUACGCUAUGGAAAGGAUUUAGAAGACGAACUGAAGAAGACCUUGAAUGGAGAACUCGAAGAAGUCAUCGUAGCUUUAGUUCAAACUCCUACGAAGCUCGACGUUCUCGAACUUCAUCGCGCUGUGAAGGGUCUCGGAACCAAUGAAAAAGUUCUUAUCGAGAUUUUGGUGUCUAGAACGAACGAGGAAAUGGAAGCCAUCAGGAACUGCUACUUCACCACAUAUGGUAAGAGUCUAGAAGAUGCUGUUUCUUCUGAUACUUCUGGAGACUUCCGUCGUCUUCUUCUCAUUCUAAUCCAAGGAAGAAAGGAUGAGACUGAACGAACAGUCAUUUUUAGAGCUCAAGAGGAUGCGCAGCACAUGGUCAAGUCUUUGGAGAAGAAGAGUGGGAUUGAUAAAUUCGAUGCGUUCAAAGUUUUGGGAACAUCCAACGCCCAUCAUGUCCGCCACGUGUCGUCCGAGUUUGAGAGACUAACGGGAACCCCGCUAGAGAAAGCUAUCGAAAAAGAAUACAGUGGUGAUAUGCGAAACCUUCUGCAGGCUUUACUACUUGUGUCUCAUGGCAAGCCCAGAUUCUUCGCCAAUCAAAUACACCUAGCAACGAAGGGUCUGGGAACACGAGACAAGGACUUAAUCCGAGUGCUCGUGGGUCGUUCCGAGAUUGAUCUUGCCCAGAUUGUAGAGCUCUAUCAUGUCUUCUAUAAAAAGAGUCUCUAUGAGCUCAUCAAAGAAGAAUGUAAGGGAGGCUAUAGAGAUGCCCUGAUGACAAUCAUUAAGGGAAACAGAAUCCAUUGA